AUGGCUAAGCACGCUGGGCUGGAUGCGGUGGCUCUUGGUUUUGCAAUGAUGCACGUUGAGGUUUUUGGCAAAACUAACCGUUACUUGGCUCAUACAAUCAUGCAAGGCCGAAUGCAGAAGGAGGUCACCAACUUACGGUCGCAAAUCGCCACUCUGACAGAGUCUGCUGCUACCUUGACUGGAAUGGUGCAGGCUCUGGCCAAUGCCCCACAAUCCGCCAGGAAUGAACGAUUUGGUAGCCCAAGCUCCAAUGACAAAACAGGUUGGAGUGCUAGUCCUGCUCUUGUGGUGUGUUGCCAGUUUCUUUCAGUCACAGUUAAGUGGAAGUCUGAAACCUUUUAUACCUUUCAGCCCGUCAUGAAUACCAUUGCCCUUGAGGUUGUUAUGUCUCCUGCGUUGAGUGCGUACACUGCAAUCCAGAACAAAGUUGAAGGGGUUCUUCCCAAUUUGUUGUUCAACGGGAUUAAGUUGAAGGUAGCCCAGAGAGGUGUGGGGUUCACUUCGAAACAUCUUCCUGCCCAGCAUGAAGGAGUCAAUGACGUGUUUGCAACCAGGAAGUACUAUUCUGCCAUCAAAUAUUGCGGCAAGCACGCUAGGGAGAAAUUACACAUCAUGGUGGCUACCCAAUGUGGUACUGUGGGUACAAACUGUCACAUUAUCUUUGAUGAAGAUUGCCAGCAUUUUAAUGGCAAAAACUAUUUUCCGGCCCUCAAGGCAAGGAAGGUCAAUUUCAAUCUACCUUUGGAGGAGGCCGUAUUGGCUUGCGUGGCUCUAGUCGCCGCUCAAGCCGCAGCUCAGGCUCAAAACGCAUUGAACCCCACCGGCCAGGUGUAG